AUGUGCGAGCCCAGCCUCUGCCGGCCCAGCGGCUCCAUGGGCUUCCUCCUGAACCUGCCCUCUACUUCCUCAGCUUGCGGGGAAUGGAAGCCACCAGCUGGCCGCCUCGUUGCCCGCCCUCUCCUACCCGAGGAGCCCCAACGCGUGGAUCUGCGCCAGCUCCAGCCCGGCGCAGCAGCCCUCCACCCACGCUCUCGGCGGCUCCUCGCAGCCUUCCCCGCCUUACCUUGCCGCGGAAUUCCCCCCACCCGCCCGAAGCCGCGAAGUUUCAAGCAGGAGGAGAGCGGCAGGCAGAGCCGGGAAGCCUUGGCCGAUGACCCCAGUGGGGCGGUGGUGAUGAUGGCGGCGGCGGGUCAGGCCAAAGGGCCGAAGUACGAGCCGAGAAGGCUGCCAAGCAACUCAGUGGCUCUUUUGGACGCGGAUUCUUCUGCCUCGGGCUUUAAGAAGGAUCUCAAGUUCGCCAUCAACUUGAAAUUUAUUAUUAUUAUUAUUAUUAUUAUUAUUAACCUGACACUCCAGCCCUCAGCAGCCCAGCCAACCCUCAGGCCUGCUUUGCACGAUGGUUUUCCUUGGCGCCCUACCCAAGAGAUAUCGAGGGGGAAACGGAAGCCUUACACGAAGCAGCAGAUCGCCUAGAUGGAAAGCGAGUUCCUCCUCAACUGGUUUGUUAACCGACAGAAGCAGAAGCUGUCCAACAGACUGAACGUGAGCGACCGGCAAGUGAGGAUUUGGUUCCAGAAUCGGCGGAUGAAGAAAAAGCGGGUGGUGCUGCGGCAGCAAGAGCUCUUGCUCUACGGCGCCAAAGAGGACGGGAGGGAGAGGGGCGCUGGCUGGCUGGCUGGGUUGGUUCUGCCUCCCUGUUAA